CCGGUUAAGUAUAGGUUUAUCGUUAAAUUGUACUGUAAAAGACGGCACAUUGUUAGGUACGAUACUCCGAACGAGUAUGGUUUUUCCGAUUGCUACGAUUCUGGUGGUGCUGUCGCUUUUGAAAACGGGGUACUUUUUGACGUGUUUCGACUGUGACGGCGGUCCACAAUCGUAUUGCGGUCAGUUGCUACCUCCCGGAAUGGACGUAUCGUGUAGCCAACGAUCCACCCAAUGCUACGAAGCUUUUAUUAUGUACCAAAAUGGAGCGUUGGGAAUAGUCGAAAGAAGAUGCUUCGAACCGAACGGCAAUGCAACGGAUUUUUGCGCCUCGUUCAAAAGUAAAACGGGCAGACUCCUCAGCUGUAAGAGUUGCACCGGCGAUCAUUGCAACGGCCAUCAGUUCAACGUCAACUGGUCAUUGGAAAGCAAUCCUACAUAUUUCACUUCGAGAAAUUUGUAUGAUUCCCACGCGUAUGUUUUUUGAAAUUUCUGGCGAUCUUAAGUAAAGUCCGAAGUAAU